UGCGGCGCGGCGAGGCCGGGAGCCGGCGGGAGGGCACCGCCUCCUCCCCCGCCUUCGCUCCGAAGAUGGAAGUGACGAAAGCAGCCGAGGAGGUCACUUCCUGCUGGGGUGGAUGAGGAGGAGCUGGAGACGCCGCGGAGGAGACCGGACCGAAGACGGACCGUGCUGGAGAGAGCAGGAGGGCGAAAAUGAAAGCAGGCUGUAGCAUCGUGGAAAAGCCAGAAGGAGGUGGAGGAUAUCAGUUUCCUGACUGGGCCUACAAAACUGAGUCGUCCCCCGGCUCCCGGCAGAUCCAGCUGUGGCACUUCAUCCUGGAGCUACUACAGAAGGAAGAGUUCCGCCAUGUCAUCGCCUGGCAGCAGGGAGAGUAUGGGGAGUUUGUCAUCAAGGAUCCAGAUGAAGUGGCCCGCCUCUGGGGCCGCAGGAAAUGCAAACCACAGAUGAAUUAUGACAAGCUGAGCCGGGCCCUCAGAUACUAUUACAACAAGAGGAUCCUUCAUAAAACAAAAGGGAAAAGGUUUACUUACAAAUUUAACUUCAACAAACUGGUGAUGCCCAACUACCCCUUCAUCAACAUUCGAUCAAGUGGUGUGGUUCCUCAGAGUGCGCCUCCAGUGCCAACAGCCUCUUCCCGCUUCCAUUUCUCACCUCUGGACACCCAUUCUCCAACUGGUGAUGUGCAGCCAGGGCGGUUCUCUGCUAGCUCCCUAACUGCUUCUGGCCAGGAGUCAAGUAAUGGCACUGAUAGAAAGGUGGAGCUUUCAGAGCUAGAGGAUGGCUCAGCUGCUGACUGGCGCCGGGGUGUGGAUCUCAUGUCUUCCCGGAAUGCUGUCAGUGGAGGAGGAAUUGGCCACCAGAAACGCAAGCCUGACAUAAUGCUUCCUCUGUUCACUAGGCCAGGGAUGUACUCUGACCCCCACAGUCCCUUCGCUGUCUCUCCGAUUCCUGGCCGCGGAGGUGUCCUCAAUGUCCCCAUUUCACCAGCCCUCUCCCUGACUCCCACCAUCUUUUCCUAUAGCCCCUCCCCGGGUCUGAGCCCCUUCACCAGCAGUAGUUGCUUCUCUUUCAACCCAGAAGAAAUGAAACACUACCUUCAUUCUCAAGCCUGUUCCGUAUUCAACUACCAUCUGAGCCCUCGGACUUUUCCCCGUUACCCAGGGCUCAUGGUUCCACCACUGCAAUGCCAAAUGCAUCCUGAGGAGUCCACUCCAUUUUCUAUCAAGUUGCAGCCCCCACCGGCUGGGCGGAAGAAUCGGGAGAGGGUAGAGAGCAGCGAGGAGUCCACGCCUGUUGCUGCACCCACCAUGGCUCCUAUCCCCCCACGAAUUAAGGUGGAGCCAACAGCCGAGAAGGAUCCCGAGAGCCUCAGGCAGUCAGCCAGGGAGAAGGAGGAGCACCCUCGAGAAGAGGGCACUAUGCCAGGCAGGACCACAGAAGAAGAGAAAGGUGCCGUCUUUGCUCGCCCUGCUGCCCCACCCACCUGGCCCCCUGGCCCCACUGGCACCACGAGCGAAGAACCCCUAGAGGUGACUGAAGACAGUGAGGACAGGUCUGGCAAAGAGCCCAGUGCACCUGAGAAGAAAGAAGACGCCUUGAUGCCCCCCAAACUUCGGUUAAAGCGGCGCUGGAAUGAUGACCCUGAAGCCCGGGAGCUGAGUAAGAAGGGCAAGUUCCUCUGGAACGGGUCAGGACCCCGGGGCUUGGCAACAGCAGCUGCAGAUGCGUAGAACUGCAAGUGGGCCGGGAGCUGUUUAUAUUAUAAUCAGAUACAUACAUGUAUUUAUGUAGCAAGAUCUGGGGGAGGGGGGCGGGAGUUAGGCUGGUUUGAUCAUUCUGGGGCAUAGACUCGUACUUUUCUGUUGGGGAUGGAAUGGGUGUCUUCUGUUGUAAAUUGGGUCAGAUGUGAACACACUUUUUUUUCCUGGUGAGUAGUAGGACACAGAGGGUAUAUGAACUGAAAGGGGAAGGAGCCUGUUUUCUGUUUGAGGCUUACGCUUCCUGACAAGGAAACUCCUAGAGGGCCCAGGUACUUUUUGGUCCUGUGGUAGUUCAGGUUCCAGACUUCUUUCUUUUCUAUUGUAUUUAUAUAUGAAAAGCCAUUAAUGAGUUUAUUUUGCUCUGAGAGAGAUACUUAAAAGGGAAAGGUCAUGGCUGGGAGGUUGUGCAGUAAGAGACCAUUAAUACUAAGCAUUUUGUCUGAAAUGUUACUUUAUAAUUAUUUCAAGGGAGGAAUAAGAUAAUUUCAGUCUUAAGGGUGGGGAGGGAUGUUCAGAUAUCAGUCUGUCUUUUUUCCUUCUUCUCUCUCUCUUCUUGUUGUUUGCCAUUUCUCUUUUCCUUUUUAUAAAACUGUUUUCAGGACACAUGAGUAUACUGCCAGUUAGAGUGGAGCUGAGGCGCAGGAGCUGGCCACCUCUCAGGGGCAGGGUGGAGGCAGGAAACCUUGCUACGAGCUCCUUGGACUUUUUACCUACUUCACCCAUUAAGAAGCCAUGAGGAGUUGCAAACUCUUGUUCAGGGAAGAAAGAAGAGGGCAGGAGGAAGUAACCCAAUGCCUUUAAAAACAAAACAAUGAAAAACAUGAUCCUCAUUGUUCUUUUCCAUUGUGGGUUUGGGAAACCAAACCAAAGUGUGACUGUGAGCAAGUUCACUGAGAAGGCAUGACAACAUUGCUGAUGAUGUCUUUCCAUUGUGUCUGGUCCUCUUAUCAUUUUCUGAAGUCGAGCCUUAACUAUGAACAUACUCCAAGAGAUACGGGUCUGUCAACAUAAACCUGUAAAGGGCAUGGACAGCUUUUCAGAUAAUCCAGGAAUGUUGAGACAUGCUUAAAUUCCUAGCUGAUAUUUAGUCAUUCCCUCUUGAUGUUGUUGGAAUGGGUAGCUUAAAGGCAGGAUUGUGGGAGCUAAGGGCAGAUGGUACCUGGAAACACAGAAAGUAGCAGGGGGAACAAGCGGAUGUUUGUUAAGAGCAAAGGAAAAGGUAGAAAGAAGACAGAAGACAGCCAGAGGCCACAAGGCCUGGUGUGAAUGAAAGUUGGCAUCUGUCCUGUGAUGGUGCCAUUCUUGGCCAUCCCAUUUACCCAGAUUAUUCUGAGUCUCCUGAUCAACUAUCUUUCUGAGACUCCAGUUUAUAGACAGGAAUUAUCUCUGUGGGAAAGCCUUUUCCAACAACUUCAAAGGAAUGGGAAAGUAUUGAUCUUAUGUGAAACAAAAAGACUAGGGCUGGGAUGUGACUCUCUAGUACUGCACUUGCCUAGCAUGCACGGGGCCCUGGGUUUGAUCCCCAGCACCAAAAUAAUAAGAAAAGAAAAAACUAGGGGCAGAGAGAAAGUAACAGCAACCAACCUUCUGUGUGUGUGCACAUGUACCUCAGUGUACAUGAACAUAAACUCCUGGCUGUGGCUCAGAUCCACCUAGCAGCCAAGCAGAGGGAGAGAAUCAAUGGCAUGUCUAUUGAGGGUAAGGAGUGGUGUCUAGGAAUUGGAGAAAAUCCUGACUUCCCCUUGGCCUGAGAGACUUUACUAGGGAACCUUGAGAGUUGUCUUUUAACAGUGGGAUGUUUUCCCUUUUUAAAACUGGAGUGUGUGCACAAGACAGGGACUCAGGAAAGGUUAGAGCAGGUGAGAGAGACAUGAGAUGGCCUGGGAUGACUUGAGUCUGGCGUGCUAUUUCUUGGCAUGCAACCGAACUUGAUCCAAAUUCCAUGAGUGACUCAUCUUUGCCCAGGAAAGGAACUGUGAGAGAGUGGUCCCUAACGACUCAGGCUUUGGUCAGGCUGCAAAGGGCUCCCCAGUCAGGCUGCCUUUGGUGGUUGUGUUUUUGUCAGCUUCCUUUUCUGCACCUCGACUUACCUCUGAAUCUGAAAGCAGGUGGAUGAGGGCUCUCUGCUUGGCAUUGCCCGAUCUAACCAGGGAGGCACUGGCCACCCACUGUCCACUACAGGGGAGGGCCAGCAGGUGUCGGUAUGAACUCAGGAAUAGAAACACGAGGCCUUUAAAAUAAGAGAAGGAAAAAAAUCAAUGAUGCAUACCUGUAACCCCCUAGAACCCAAGUGCCAGAAUUAAUUCCUAGAUGCUGCUUCUGUUUGAACAAAAAGUCACUGCUUUUACACUUGAAAAAUCAUACUCAAAAUGUUCAACUCCAUGAAAAAUGUUUUUUGGCUUUAAGAAGUUGUUUGGUGUUUAACUGUUUUCUUUGAUUGCCAUUCCACCAGUAACUGUUGAUUGAUUUGCACUGCACACUGGGGUUGAGGGUGGGGGGAGGGUCCUUAUAUAGAGCCGAACUUGGGCUUGCUCAGGAAGUGGACCAGGGAAUGUGGAGAUUGUUGAUAUUUCCUGGGGCAAAGGAGUGAGAGUUUUUCUUCUCCCCAGCCCACUCCUAGCAGCACCUGUCACACGCCUGGUACAAAGCCAGGCCUUUCUCUUCCAUGAGCAUCUAUCUCAUCACUGUCCGACAGCAGGUGGAAGAAAGGGGGACAAAAGCCAGACCUACUUCGUCUCUCCCCUGUUUUUUCCAAGUUUUGCUGUGCCAAAUGUUUAAAACUGCAAACAUAAAUCUAUUGAAAUUUCAUUAAGAACUUACUCAUGUAAACAAAUUGCUUUUGUAGCUAUAGAAAACAGUAGAGAUCUCUUAAGGGCAUCCAGCCUUGCUGAGCUCACCUUUUUUAACCUGAAGAAUGGGUAGGGGUGAAAUAUAAACCAUUCACCAAGUCCCUCCACCCUAAUUAUCCAGCUGCGCUGCAUUAAACCCAGCUCACUAACAUAGGGAAUUAUUGCACCCUAGUGACCCAUGGGCCAAGAAACUUUCAGAAGCAUUAAAAAAAUAGUUGAAGUACAUCACUUCUCACCAAGUGGUUAGAAUCAGUAGGCUGUUUAUCUCUUGUUGUUUAUUUAUUCCAUAAUUACAUUUGUGCUUUUUGUUUCGUAAGCAGUAAUGGAACAUACAUAUUUCUGUGUUUUGUAAGAAAACCUUGAUUCAGUCUUUCAAGAACUGUUCCAUUUUUAGUUUCUUCUUGGGGGUGGGGGAGAAGUUACCAGUUAAUUUGUUUUGAAAUAUUUAGGCAUUCUUUGAGUUAUAAAAUUGUGAUGCAGGGAUUUGUGGAUGAGACAUUCACGUGUGAAAGAUGACUUCACUAGUUAUCCGCUUAAGCAGAAUAAAAUGUGUAUAUGUACAUAAAAUGUAAGUAAUCUUAACUCCAUUGUGCAGUGCCUUUUAGAUGUUCCGCUUUCUAUAAAGUCUUCAAAUUUUUGCAUAUAUAUUAUAUAUAUAUGAUGUAAUGUUAUAGAAAUAUAUGUAUAAUAUACAUAUUUUUUUUCCAGGGGUAUCUGAUAGCUCUGUAUUUUGUUAUGGAAGUUGAAAGAAAAAAGUAUUUUACCUCAGAA